GUAUUGCCAAUCCCCACGUGGCACCUGGUCUCCCUCAGUGCACCCAUUGGGCAUGCACAGGUCUGGAGUGCACAGACAGAGCCCGCCCAGCGAGGAACGUCACAGAUUCGGGUUACAAUGAACACACGCUGGAGGAAGCGGCAGGGCAGCAGCCGCCAGUAAACACUCCGUUAGCGAAGGCAGUGAGCCCGGCUGCAUGCAAUCAGCACGCGAGGCAUUAUCACACGGAAGGAGAGACCGCAAUGGGCCGCCCAGGACUAACCCGGCUGCUGCUCUUGCAUCUGCUGCUAAUCAAGCUGCACACGGGCAAAGGCGCCGCAAAGGAGUGCGAGGAGGACCAGUUCCAGUGCCGGAACGAGCGGUGCAUCCCCGCCAUCUGGAAAUGCGACGAGGAUGACGAUUGCUCGGACAACAGCGACGAGGCGGAUUGCCUGAAGAAAACCUGUGCAGAAUCAGACUUCACCUGCAACAAUGGCCACUGCAUCCCAGCCAGGUGGAAAUGUGAUGGUGAAGAGGAAUGCCCUGACGGGUCUGAUGAAUCAGAAGCGACAUGCACCGAACAAGUGUGCCCAGCUGAAAAAAUUAGCUGUGGAGAUUCAAGCAACAAAUGUAUCCCAUCAUCCUGGAGAUGUGAUGGGGAGAAAGACUGUGAAAGUGGACUUGACGAGGCUGGUUGCACUACUGUCUGUUCUUCCAGUGAGUUCCAGUGCAGUAACAAGACCUGCAUAGCCAUGAUCUUUGUGUGUGAUGGCGACAACGACUGUGGCGAUGGCAGUGACGAGAGCAAGUGCUCGCCCCUCACCUGCAACCCUAACGAGUUCCAGUGCAACAACAGCGUGUGCAUCCCUGAGCUCUGGGUCUGUGACAACCAGCCCGACUGUGAAGACCACUCAGAUGAAUCGAUGGAGAAGUGUGGCUACAAAGUCAAGCCUCGGGUGCUGAACGCCUGUGCAGCCCACGAAUUCAGGUGUGGCAAUGGGGAGUGCAUCCACUUGAACUGGAAGUGCGAUGGUGACGAGGACUGCAAAGACAAGUCAGACGAGCAGGAUUGUCCACUGGUGACCUGCCGCCCUGAUGAGUUCCAGUGUGGGGACGGGACCUGUAUCCAUGGAGCAAAGCAGUGCAACAAGGUACACGACUGUCCUGACAACAGCGAUGAGGCAGGCUGCAUUAACGAGUCCACGUGUGAAAGCCCCAGGAAGUUUCAGUGUAAAAAUGGAGAGUGCAUUGAUGGAGUCAAAGUGUGCGAUUCACAUAGAGACUGCAGGGAUGGGUCUGACGAGCCUGUGAAAGAAUGUGAACAAAAUGAAUGCUCCAUCAACAACGGUGGGUGCUCACACAUAUGCAAAGACUUGAAGAUCGGUUAUGAAUGUGAAUGCCCUCCCGGAUACAAGCUUCUGGAUAAAAAAACGUGUGGAGACAUAGAUGAAUGUGAGAAUCCAGACGCUUGUAGCCAGAUCUGCAUUAAUUACAAGGGGGACUACAAAUGUGAAUGCUACGAGGGAUACGAGAUGGACACCCUGUCCAAGAACUGCAAAGCCGUAGGCAAGAGUCCAUACCUGAUCUUCACCAACCGCCAUGAGGUACGCAAGAUAGAUCUGGUGAAAAGGGACUAUUCUCGCAUCAUCCCCAUGCUGAAGAAUGUGGUGGCUUUGGAUGUGGAGGUGGCAACAAACAGGAUAUACUGGUGUGAUUUGUUCUACAGAAAGAUAUACAGUGCCUACAUAGACAAAGCCAGCGACACAGCCGAGCAGGUGAUUUUGAUAGAGAGUCAGCUGAACUCCCCCGAAGGCCUGGCGAUGGACUGGGUUCACAAGAACAUCUACUGGACAGAUUCGGGCAACAAAACCAUCUCUGUGGCCACUGCUGAUGGAAGCAAGAGGACGACACUUUUUAGCACUGACCUAAGCGAGCCCAGAGCCAUUGCAGUUGAUCCGACACGGGGAUACAUGUACUGGUCUGAUUGGGGAGACAAAGCUAAAAUUGAAAAAUCUGGCCUGAACGGUAUGGAUCGGCAAGUGCUGGUAACAGACAACAUUGAGUGGCCGAAUGGCAUCACACUAGAUCUGCUGAAUCAGCGUCUCUAUUGGGUGGACUCCAAGCUGCACUUACUUUCAAGCAUUGACUUCAAUGGCGGCAAUAGGAAAGUUCUGAUCGCUUCUGCUGAUGACCUGAGCCACCCUUUCGGAGUAGCUGUGUUUGAGGAUAAGGUGUUCUGGACUGACCUGGAGAACGAGGCAAUCUUCAGUGCAAACAGAUUGAAUGGCUUGGACAUCUCCAUUUUAGCAGAGAAUCUCAAUAACCCUCAUGAUAUUGUGGUCUUCCACGAGCUAAAGCAGCCAAAAGCUCCAGAUUCCUGUGAGCUCAGCUCCCAACCCAAUGGAGGCUGUGAAUACCUGUGUCUUCCCGCACCCCAAAUCUCUCUCCAUUCCCCCAAGUAUACGUGUGCCUGUCCUGACAACAUGUGGCUGGGCCCUGAUAUGAAGAAAUGCUACAAAGAUCUUCCAGCUGCCUCAACAACUGAGCCAGUGUCAACCAUCACCACUACUAUGAUUUCCGCCAUCAACCCAGCUACAACUAGCAACGUCAGCAAUGCCAGUAGAGAGAGCUCAGGAGCUGUAUCACAAUUCUCCAUCACAACCCCAGGUGUUGGCUUACCCACAACCACAUCCAGCCUAAUAGGCACAAAGAUCAUGACACCUGGAAAUAGGAAUUUAUCCCAGCACUAUGCCAAUGAUGGGCAAGGUUUUGGAUCAACUGUUACAGCAGCCAUUAUUGGAAUUGUAGUUCCUCUUGUGGUCAUUGGUUUGCUGUGUAUGGGAGGGUACCUCAUCUGGAGGAACUGGAAAAGAAAGAACACUAAAAGCAUGAACUUUGAUAACCCUGUGUACAGGAAGACAACAGAAGAAGAGGAUGAAGAGGAAAUCCAUAUUGGGAGGACUGCACAAAUUGGGCAUGUCUACCCAGCACGUGUUGCAUUGAGCCUGGAAGAUGAUGGGUUACCAUGAGGACCAAGUCGCUGCUCUAGUCCCAUACAAUGGAAUAAUAUGCACUGAACAGAUUCACUUUGGAUCAUGGAACACCCCCACCCCUGUCCUUUUCUUCCCUCUAAUUAAUUACUAUUUAUGUUGCAGAAGGGUAACCACAAAGUUCUAAUGAACUGCAAACAUCCAAAGGAUGUGAGAGUUUUGUAUGUAUAAUCUUUUAUACACGUUUUAACUUGUUGCACUACCCAUACGUGAUAGUGAAGGGGCUACGGCUCAGCUACUAACCCAGUAUACAUAACCUGCCGGGUUCAAUAGCUAGGCGUCAUUUUAAAACUAUAUUUAUAGCAGUUUUGUAAAUAGGUUGAACAUGCUUUGUGGCUAUCCAUCAACAUAAGUAAAAAAAUGCUAUACAAGCAGUUUAGAAUAUUUAUUAACAAAAUUGGGAUAUAAGAUUUGUUCUGUAAAGAGGGGUGAGAGUAUUUAUUUUUUGUAUGUUUGGCUUGCUGUGCAUAUAUCUAUCUAGGCUAGAUAGAUAUAUAGACAUAUACAUAUAUACAUAUAUAUACAUAUAAAUAUAUUUUAAAACUACUAGCCCAAGUCUAUGGGAAUUAGGGGGGAUUAAAUUCUUAAGGAAUGUUUAUGGAAAAUUUGCUUUGAAGUCUAAAGCCAUUGGAGUAAGAAACAGCUGUACACUAGGAUAAUCAAUGAUUCUGUAAAAUGAAUGAAGCACUCCCGUAAUGAAUUUCUGCUGUCAAAAUGGUUUACUUUGUAUUUCAAGCCCAGACAGAUGUACUGGCCAGGACUCAGGCACUAGCACACUUGAUUUCCUUUUUUAAAAAAAAUCUUUACAUCAAAAAUGUCUUCAUACAGUAACUUUUCUUCACUUCAUGUAUCUCACACAGAAGAAACUCCUAUUAGGUUUCAACAUGGCUUUAUGUCAUGGCUGUCUCCAUGGGGGUUAUUUGGUGUAGGAUUUUUUAAGAAAACCUAAAUCUGUCAUUUUUUUCUCCUCCAUGGGAAUCUUGUUUACAGCUUAUAAAAAUUGAUUAUUUUCUCUGUCUGGUAAUCGUAUAUCAACUCCCUGGAGAUAGCUCAUCACAAAAAUCUUUCCUUAAUCCUUUUAUUGCUGUGCUGCUAUCGAUUGUUAACGCCGUUAAAAUGAAUGAAGUGUUAGGAAGCACAGAGAUGCAGUCCAACUUGCCAUACCUGGAAUUCACAGCAGGUAUAUUCCAAGUGGAUGUAGCUGGAACAUCCAGCACUGUAGCAGUGCAUUCACCACAGCAGGUUGUCCGUGGAAUGUGGAUCAACAGGUAUGGGGUUAAAGAAAAAAAUGUCAGCAGACUGCCCUCGAAUAUACAGCUCUUGGUAGGAUGGCUGAAAAGAUAAUUGGAAAAAAACCCAAAACAACCCAAUCCUGACAACAGGUCCCCAAACUGUGGUGCGUGCCCCUCUAAGGGGGGCGUGGCAGAGCCCAGGCCAGCACCCACAGGAGACAGGGAGGGAAUGCCAUCAAGCUCCAUUCCUGGCCCCACUUCCAGCCCCCAACUGCGCUCCUGGGGGAGGGUGCAGACCAUUGGGGGACGGGGCAGGGCAGAGAGUUUGGGGACCACUGCCUUACAAUCACCUGUUCCUAAAGCUGAGCAACUAUGGGACUCUCAUACGAGUCCUAGAUGAUCUGGCACCCCGAGGCUAUUCUCUACAAUGGGAACAAUGGUGGAUGUGAUGGACAUCAUUGUCCCUGGCAGGAUAUUGUGACACUAACACAUAAGUGUCAUGAUUUCUAUAGCAUUAGAAAGAGUCGAGGAAAUCUUACAUUCUAUUUAUUUAUUUAUUGGCAGUGCAUGUUACAACCCACUCUAGUGAAGAGUUCAGUGUUACUUUGCUAAUUCUUGGCUUCAUGGUGUUCUGGUAGGGGGAAAAUGCGGAGUGACAUCUCUCAUGCCCUGCGAGGUUUCCCUAUUCCCACAUAACGAACAUCUUGCUUCCUUCUAUCACCCAAUCAUCAUCAGGUAGCAGGAGAGGUGAAAAUAAUGAGUGUUUAACCUCUCAGUUUCAGGCAGGACCACAUUUUCUCCCCCCCUUGCUGGCUGGGCCACAGCAUCAACUCUUAAACAGAAACAGCCCUUUCUCCUAAGCCAGGCCUGGCCCAAGUUGCACCAGUAGCCUCCAGCUAGGGUAAGGAACCAGGCCCUCUCCAAGCAGCAAUUCCCACCCAAACUGUCUGGUAGAGGGCACUGAGUGGUGCAAAGCACUCUCUUCCCCAUCAUCACUGUUCGUCAUGGAAAACAUUACCUUGACUGCAUUCCUGCACUACUUCCUGCUCCUGGGAACGAAAUUCAUAUUCUCCCACUUGGCACAGGUCCUCUCUUCUCAUGUUAAUCAGAUGCAAAAGUUCAAGUGAUUUAUUCUCUUUGGGCAGUUUUCUGAAGUCACCAUCCCAUAGCUGCCAUGUCUCAUUUCAAUAUCCAUAUGUUCCAACUCCCAGACACCUCUCCUGCUGUGUAUGAAGGAUCCAGUUCUGUUUGUUAGAUACAGAGCACCCACUGUUCCAAGGGAACGAUUCAAAAAAACCUAUUAGAAUCAAUGGAAGACUUUUCCAUUGGCUUUAAAUCAGGCCCUAACUGAUUUUAGUGGAAGAGGAGGAGGCUCAACCUCUGACAAGAGGUAUUCAGCACCUCUGUGGAUUGGGUCCUAAAUCUGAAACUGUGCAAUAGGGUGUAGAGUAACCUGUGUUGCGUUUAUACAUGAAUCACAGCUUAUGGAAGACCAAAACAAAAUCUGAAGAUGGGUGUUGGGCGGCGGGAGGGAUUCACACAGUUUAAUGUAGGAUUAAAGUUUUGGUACAGGAGUGCAAUGUAGGAAGAAAAUGCUACACUAUGCAUCAUGGAAACACUAUAUACCACAAACUAUUUGUACAAAGGAACUAGGAAGUUAAACCUCAGUUCUCAAAAUCUAAAGGAGGCGGCUUGAUUACUUAAAGAUCAUUAAGGGAGGUGGAGAAAUGUGAUUCUCAGAUUUCCAAUUAUUAUUUUAAUCUGCAAAGUUCUUCUACUACAAGUCCAUGCACUGUGUGCAUGAAGGAAAGAACAAAAACUGAGCUGUACAUGUGUGUGAUAACACUAACAACAAACUGUAAAUAUGUUUGAAGGCUCUAAAUUUUGAUACUUUUUUUAAAAAAUAAAAAACUGUACAAAUGUGUGUAUAAAAAGCAGCAUUUUUUUCAAACCGUUUUAAAUUAAUUUGAUGUCCAGUGCUGGUUUCAAACUUUACAGAUUUGUAACUAAUCAAAAGAAGUCAGCCACCAAAUGUGUUUUUUAAAUAAAUUAUUUUAAAUAAACAAUGUCCUAACAAUCCCAACUGUUAACACUGUAAUCAGUUCUGAUCUCUGUCUUGUCAUAAUGAAGUUCUGUUAGAAUGAGUUCUUGCUUGGUGCCUUUUGUGUUUCAGUUUUCAUUUUAUGGACAAAAGAACUGCUGGAGGGGGGGAGAAUAUGGUCUGUAUAUCUUUUGCUGUACUUACAUAAAAAGGAGUACUGAAAACCAAAUGAAUUCAUUUGUAAAACAGUGCACUGUUUCUAUAGAGAGAUUAAAUUUUUUUAUCUGGGA